GGGCGAGCUCCCCGUCAGUUAAGUGGAAGGCGAGCAAACGGGUUGGUUGAUCGCCGUCCUGGCGUGUUGCAUCAGCUCGCCUGCAGUGUGAUGGAGAAGGUGGUGGGACGGUUAGAGGCCAUGGACGUCCAGGGUCAGAGUGAAGUUACACCUGCAAAACAGAAAGGAUCUAAGAAGGCAUGUGUUAAAGAAAGUGGUGAUGCAAAAACUGCAGAGUUGGAUCCGUGGCCAUGUUAUAUCAGUGAACGACUUGAACUGUACAACAAACUCAAAGCAGAAAGUGACUCAAUUCUAGCAGAGCGAGCAAGCAAAGAGAGCAAACAAAUAACAAUCACUCUGCCAGAUGGCAAACAAGUACAAGGAGAGUCCUGGAAAAGCACACCUUACCAGAUUGCCUGUGGCAUCAGUCAGGGUUUGGCAGACAAAGUUGUCGUUGCUAAAGUAAAUGAAGAGGUUUGGGACUUGGAUCGACCUCUGGAAGGAGACUGCAGUCUAACACUACUCUCAUUUGAUGAUGAAGAGGGUCAGGCUGUAUAUUGGCAUUCCAGUGCCCAUAUAUUAGGAGAGGCCAUGGAAAGAAUCUUUGGAGGGUGUCUGUGCUAUGGACCACCUAUUGAAAAUGGAUUUUAUUAUGACAUGUUCUUGGAAGAAGGAGGUGUUUCCAGCAAUGAUUUUCCAGCUUUAGAAAACCUGUGUAAACGUAUAAUGAAGGACAAACAGCCAUUUGAGAGACUUGAAGUGAAGAAAGAGACUCUUCUGGAGAUGUUCAAGUAUAACAAAUUUAAGGUUAGGAUUCUGAAUGAGAAGGUGAAUACGCCAACUACAACAGUAUAUAGAUGUGGACCGUUAAUUGACUUGUGUAGAGGACCUCAUGUCAGACACACUGGAAAAAUAAAGGCCAUGAAGGUUCACAAAAAUUCUUCCACUUACUGGGAAGGAAAAGCUGACAUGGAGACAUUGCAGAGAAUUUAUGGGAUUUCUUUUCCAGAUUCCAAAAUGUUGAAAGAAUGGGAAAAAUUCCAGGAAGAAGCAAAAAACAGAGACCAUAGAAAACUGGGAAGGGAGCAGGAGUUAUUUUUCUUCCAUGAACUGAGCCCAGGAUGCUGUUUCUUCCUUCCAAAAGGAGCUUACAUUUACAACGCAUUGAUUGAUUUCAUUAGGAGUGAAUACAAGAAAAGGGGCUUUACAGAGGUAGUGACUCCCAACAUUUAUAAUAGUAAACUGUGGCAAACUUCAGGACACUGGCAGCACUACAGUGAGAAUAUGUUCAGCUUCGAAGUGGAAAAGGAGCUCUUUGCCUUAAAGCCUAUGAAUUGUCCAGGCCAUUGCCUUAUGUUUGACCAUCGGCCACGGUCCUGGCGGGAGCUGCCACUGCGAUAUGCGGAUUUUGGGGUUCUUCAUCGCAAUGAGCUGUCGGGAGCGCUGACUGGCUUGACUCGGGUGCGCAGGUUUCAGCAGGAUGAUGCCCACAUUUUCUGCACUAUGGAACAGAUUGAGUCAGAGAUUAAGGGUUGCCUGGACUUUCUGCGUGCUGUCUAUGAUGUUUUUGGAUUUACUCUCAAACUUGAGCUUUCCACUCGCCCAGAGAAAUUUCUUGGUGAUAUUGAAGUGUGGAACACUGCUGAGAAGCAACUAGAAAACAGCCUCAAUGCUUUUGGUGAGAAAUGGUCUUUGAACCCUGGCGAUGGUGCUUUCUAUGGGCCAAAGAUUGACAUAAAAAUCAAAGAUGCUAUUGGUAGAUAUCAUCAAUGUGCUACAAUUCAAUUGGAUUUUCAGUUGCCAAUCAGAUUUGACUUGACCUAUGUGAGUCCUGAUGGUGGUGAGCAGAAUAGGCCAGUUAUCAUUCAUCGUGCCAUCCUGGGUUCUGUGGAACGAAUGAUUGCUAUUUUGACUGAAAACUACGGGGGCAAAUGGCCCCUCUGGCUGUCUCCACGUCAAGUUAUGGUUGUACCUGUGGGACCUACAUGUGAAGAAUAUGCACAAAAGGUUCAGCGCCAAUUUCAUGAUGCUGGUUUAAUGAGUGACGUUGACCUCGACCAAGGAAGCACGCUGAACAAGAAGAUCCGAAAUGCACAACUUGCGCAAUAUAAUUUUAUUCUUGUGGUUGGUGAAAAAGAGAAGGGCAGUGAAAUGGUCAAUGUGCGUACUCGAGACAACAAGGUUCAUGGGGAGCGCACAAUAUCUGAAACUAUUGAGAGGCUUUUGCAGCACAAGCGGUCCAGAACCAAACAUGCUGAAGAGGAGUUCUGAAGAUUUUUCCUUUAAUUCAGCUUUGUGGAUCCAGACAGUUUUUAUUGGGGAGAUCAGAAAAACAAAUUCAGCUUUUAAAAUUCAAAUUAUGAAAUAAUCAAGACCAAUCAGUGUCCAAUAAUGUGGAUUAAAUGUUAAAUGCUUCCAAUUUCAAUUUGUGUAUAUGGAUGGCAGCUUGCAUAAAUAUUUGGAAAAUAGCAUCUUUAAACAUAUUAUGUGGCUUUUUCUUCUCUUUCUAAAGUUCACGUUAUGAAAUUUCUUGUGAUUCAGGACUAAGUGUAAACAAAAAUGUCCAAUAAAAUGAAUUUGUACCUGGAUCAAUUUUAUUAUAUUCCUGAUAGGAUGAGGAUAUUGUGAGUAGCUUUGCUCCUUCCAUGGAUGCUGCCAGAACCAGAACUGAAUUUGUUAGAGCAUCUUCUAUUACUUUGAGUUUCCAGCAUCUGUAGUUUGUGUCGGAUAUUACCUGGGAACACACACAAAAUACUGGAGACAUUCAGGCAGCAUCUAUAGUGAGGAAUGAAUAGUUGACAUUUUUGGUAGCCCAUUUGAAGGCCCACAGCUUUAGAGGAAACUAGAUGUGUUUCAGCUGAAGCUAGUUGAGAUGUUAAAAGGUCAUGAGACCAGUGGACCCCUCUUUGAUGACUUAAUUUCCAUUAUAAACACUGUUUAUUCUCUUGAUAGACAUAGACAUACUUUAUUGAUCCCGAGGGAAAUUGAGUUUCGUUACAGCUGCACCAACCAAUAAUAGAGCAUAAAUAUAGCAAUACAGAAACCACAAACAAUCAAACAACAAUAUGCAAACUAUGCCAGAUGGAAAUAAGUCCAAGACCAGCCUAUGGGCUCAGGGUGUCUGACCCUCCACGGGAGGAGCUGCAAAGUUCGAUGGCCACAGGCAGGAACAACCUCCCAUGACGCCCAGUGUUGUAUCUCGGUGGAAUAUGGCCAGAGUCCAACAGCAAAAAGUUCAAUAUCCAACCUCGUCUGUCCUCAGUUCUCUGUAUGUUUCCUAUUUAUUAUAAGCUUUAUCUCUUAACAUACAGAAUUUCCUUAUUCAUAACCCUUGGUUUUUAUCUUUCUGAAAAUACAUUGGCCUUGAUCUUUUGCUGUUUCUCAUUUGAAUGCUUUCCAAUGUGCAGACCUACUAGUAGACUUGCCUGCAGAUAGAUGCUUCCAGUCACUCUGUCAGGUGAUAUACAGUACUGUGCAAAAGUCUUGCGUAUAUGUUUAAAAAAAAAAUUCUGUAAAGCAAAGCUGCUUUCAAAAGUUAUGUUUGUAAAUAUCAGAAUAUUUACAAUAAAGAGCAAAUAAACAGUUUUUAAAAAUCAAUAUU